AUGGCUUCUCAUGAAAGUUCUCUUUCCAUUGAUCGAGAGGUUCAAUACUUUUUCAUCGCCUCUUGUGAAGAGUAUUUAGAAAUUACACUCCGACGACAUGAACCUCUUUCUAAAUUUGCAAAUAAUCAUCAACAGGAUGAAACGAUGAAAAGAAUUGAGAGAAGAUUUGUUGUGUUUGAUUGGUUGGAGAGUUUCAAAGAAAUGAAAAAGCAAACCUCUCCUUCGGAACUUCUCUCCUGUGAGGGCUUGUACGAAUAUUUGAUGAACAAAAUAACAAGUGAUACCAAGAAGGAAUCUGAUGAUUUUUCUGCUCUCGAUUCGAGAAAGAUGACGAUUAAUAUUGUCAUUCGUACGACUUGGAAUUAUGUGGAUUACUAUGAUGAAUUUAUGGAAUGGUUACGUACUUUGGAACAGUUGCAGAAAGAGUGUCAAGGUCUAGACCAUCGUGUGAUGAUUCGAGUAUUUAAUGAUCCCUCGCUCAUGAUUUGGAAUUCGAGUAAGAGAUAUUUGUUUGAAAUUCAAGACGAGUGGAAUGAGUGUGAAAUUGUUCCCUCGCAAAUAGUGGAUUUUGAUACCGUGAAACAUUUAAAUGAUGAUGAAUUAGUGAGAAAAUAUUGUUUCAUGUUUAAGAGUUGUGACAAGUUGGUUUUCAAACCGUUAAUAUCGGCUGGUUCUUUCAACACUUUUGUGAUUGGUAAUUCAAGAGAGAGUACCGAUGAAGGGUCAUGCCAAAGUAUUGAAUAUUUAACAAAUAGAGCGGAAAAAUUGAAAAUCAUUCGACAGGAUCUCUCUGAAUCAAAUCAAUGUAAAUACAAAGACAGAAAGUUAUAUAUCGUUCAGCCAUUUUUGGAUUGCAUUGUAAAUGAUGGAGAGUAUAGUUUUAUUUAUGUAAAUGAAAAACUUUCACACAUGUUACAAAAGAGACCAAAGGAUGGAGACUUUAGGGUGCAAGGCGAAUUUGGAGGAUCCAAUACCUAUGCUGACUUGAGCCGAUUUAAUGAAACGAUCAUUGCGAAUGGUCAACGCUUAUUUGAAAAGAUUAAAAAAGAGAAAUCUCCAAAUCAUUUGAUACUGUAUUGCAGAUUAGACGUUGUUAUUGAUUGGCAAACCAACAAUAUCAGAAUUUGUGAAUUGGAGUUGUUGGAACCUCACUUGUAUUUUGAGACCAUUGACCCAAAUGAUCCAGCAGUUGCCAUUGACAAGGAGAAUGAGCUUUAUGAUGCAAUUGUGAAUCAGAAUACUACAUUUAAUCAUUAA